CUCACCGCCAGCGAUAUAGGCAAGCAGUUCUCGAUCCUCUUUGAGAGUAAGUACUUCUUCUUUCUGCGAACAUGUCUAAUUACAAAUGCUAGAAAGUUGUGGGCUCCUGUACCAUAAUUUCUAUAAUAAGAUACAAGUGCAGUUAGCAUGAUGGUUUCAAAGGAAGGCUGAUUAAGACAGGGGGCAGCAAAGUUUUUAUGGCUUGGGCCGGUUCACGGUCCUGUAGACGCUGCAGUGGGCCAGAGUGUGUGUGUGCGCACAUGCAUGCGCAUAUGCUAUUUCCAGUGCUUCUACUGGCGUGGAGGAGGCGUGCUCAGCUUCCCAUUGGCUGCAGGAGCUUCCUGCAGCCAAUGGGAAGCUGGCCAGCAUCACGGAAGGCGGUCCCUGCUCUGCUCCUCGCCGGUUUAACACGGUGCAUGGGAAUCGACCGAAUAAUAAUAAUAAUAAUAAUAAAUUUUAUUUAUACCCCGCCCUCCCCAGCCGAAGCUGGGCUCAGGGCGGCUAACAACAAUCAAAAUAAUCCAACAUUCUAAAAACCUUUCAUUAUAAAAAUUAAUUAAAAUCAAAUUGAUGGCAACCAUUAAGCAAAAUUCUGUGCAGAUUGCCAGAGGAGGGAGUCAGGCUGCGCCCUGACCAAAGGCCUGGUGGAACAGCUCUGUCUUGCAGGCCCUGCAGAAAGAUGUCAAGUCCUGCAGGGCCCUAGUCUCUUGUGACAGAGCGUUCCACCAGAUUGGAGCGGCCGAGAAAGCCCUGGCUCUAGUUGAGGCCAGCCUAACCUCUCUGUGGCCUGGGAUCUUCAGGAUGUUUUUAUUUGCAGACCGUAAGUUCUUCUGUGGGACAUACCAGGAGAGGCGGUCCCGUAGGUACGAGGGUCCUAGGCCGUAUAGGGCUUUAAAGGUUAAUGGGCAGUGGGGGUCCCUGAGCAGGCGGCGGGAGUCCAUAGGCCAGUUAAAUGACCCCCAUGGGCCGCUUGCGGCCCAUGAGCCUUAAGUUGCCGACCCCUGGAUUAAGAUCUAAAACAUGGGUAGGCAAACUAAGGCCCAUGGGCCGGAUCCGGCCCAAUUGCCUUCUAAAUCCGGCCCACAGACGGUCCAAACGUAUUUUUACAUGAGUAGGAUGUAUGCUUUUAUUUAAAAUGCAUCUCUGUUUAUUUGUGGGGCAUAGGAAUUCGUUCAUCCCCCCACCCCAAAAAAAUAUAGUCCGGCCCCCCACAAGGUCUGUGGGACAGUGGACCGGCCCCCUGCUGAAAAAGUUUGCUGAGCCCUGAAUUUUAAAAUGAUUCAGAUAAUAACUUUUAAAAACGGGGACAAUCAGUGCUCUUUUUUUUCUAAAGGAAUGUUUAGGCGUACUGUCAUUUUCCCAUGCAUAUUGAAAUACUGCCCCUCAAUAAGGCCAAACUUAGAUUCACAAAAUGUUUAGGGGUAUGCGUACCCCUGCGUCCCCCCAGAAAAAAAGCACUGGGGCCAAUAUUGUAACAAGCUUUUGAGUUUCACACGACUUUUCUUGACUGCUGAACUUUCUCGAUUUUAAAGUUUAUUAUGCUAAUCUACCACUGGCCUAUUAAAAAGGUGUUGCUUGAAGCCCAAGGGAUCACAAAACCUUGCAAGGUUUCACGGAUGAUGAGAAUAGGGGUAUGCUUGAAUAAUCUCUAUUCUCCAAUCAAGGAUCAUUUGGUGAACACCACUGUCUCCUCUGUUUUAUAUGAGUGAAGACUGUUCACCUUCUGUGUGUUCAUUUGCCCAGCAAUAAUCUGUCCUCCAUGCACUUAAGAGCCAGCAGUGUGUUUACUGUUUUGGUUUCAGAAAAAUAUAAUUGUUUCAGAAAACAAUUGUUUCUGGUUUCAAAAAAACCACAAUUGUUUCAUAAAUGGUAUGUUAUCCACAAACCUCAGUAGCCGUUGCAUGUGAAAUGGCAGGUUUUGUGCUCUGUGGUGCCUCAGAAUGCGUGCACAUAGAUGUACCUUUGUGUGCAUUGGAGACAAUGUGCAUCCAUUUCUGACUCAGAUAUUCUGCUUCUAGAGAGCUGGGGUUGGGAGCUGAGCCCUAAAGCACGAUGACAUCAGUAACUCAGGCUAACCACAUUUUAACUUGAAAACAAGUAGCGCCCAUCCUUGCCAAACAGGGAGGAUUGGAGUGAAUGCAAGUCCAAAACAGCCAUAAACUAGAGACGUAGCACAACAUAUGUGGCAGCUGUCACCAGGUAUAUCCUGUCACUUCCUUUCCUGAUCUAGAUAAGAAUUCUUGGUGCAGAAGUUAAGAUUGCAAUGUUGGCGCGUGCACUGGAUCAUGUUGAUAUCCACUGGCAAGCUGGGAGCCAAAGUAUGUUUAGCCCAAUGGUGGCUAAUGUAGUGUCCUCCUGAUAUUUUGGACUACAGUCCCCAUCAUCCCUAGCCAACAUGGCCAAUGGUCAGGGGUGAUGGGGGUUGCCAUCCACAGCAUCUUGAGGAAACCAUGUUGGAUACUUUUGAUUUAGAACAACGAAGGAAAUGGCAGAAGAGGUCUCUUUGGAUACAGUGCAAAGGGGGAGCCAGGAUUAGCGGAUGCUUGUAAAAAAACCCACUUGCCUGUCGCAAAUAAUUACUCCCCAAGUGCAAACAGCCUGGGAAAUAUUUAUAAAUUACCGUAAUAAGCUCACUAACAUGUGGUCUGUUUAUGCAUUGUAUUCUCUGACUGGCAGUAACAGUAGCUGGUCUGCCUCAAUGAGAGAUCUUUCCUGCUUUUAAUUUGACCUUUGACCUUCUGCAUGCAAAGUUAAGAGCUACAGCCCCUCCAUAAAAAAGGUAAAGGGACCCCUGACCAUUAGGUCCAGUCAUGACCGACUCAUCUCGCUUUAUUGGCUGAGGGAACCGGCGUUUGUCCGCAGACAGCUGCCGGGUUAUGUGGCCAGCAUGACUAAGCCGUUUCUGGCAAACCAGAGCAGCGCAUGGAACCGCCGUUUACCUUCCCGCCGGAGCGGUACCUAUUUAUCUACUAGCACUUUGACGUGCUUUUGAACUGCUAGGUUGGCAGGAGCAGGGACCGAGCAAUGGGAGCUCACCCCAUCGCGGGGAUUCAAACCGCCAACCUUCUGAUUGGCAAGUCCUAGGCUCUGUGGUUUAACCCACAGCGCCACCCGCGUCCGUCACAGCCCCUCCAUAUCUGGGAGUUAUUUUUCUUUUCUUUUAGGCCUUCCAUGUGCCAUAAAAAGCUUACCUAAAUAUAUAAUAAAGUCAGGGAGAGCUGAUGUCCAUCCUAGGUAGGCAGAACCUGGGCAAUCUUAACUGACCAGGGAAAUUUUCUGCUUUGUAACUCACCUGGGGCAAUAGUGCAUAUACUUCAUGCGUUCUGCUCCCAACCUCAGCAGCUCCUGCUGCUUGCUUGCAAAGUGGGUUUAGUGUAGGCAUGCAGAUCCAUGAGCAGGCAAAUGCAUCACUGCUUUACAGCUGGCACAACCACCAGCCUUCACGGUUCAAGAUAACUAGGAGGAGAACCUUUUUGCAUCACACGUCAUAAAGUGCCGUGUGUCUCUAGCGUGCCAAAUUAUGAGGCAACGGAGGAUAUGAAAAAGGAUGAUGCCCCCGCUCCCUUCCCUUCCUCUUUCCAAAGAACUGAAUGUAAAUCUCUGGGAGGGCCAUGGAUAAGCAGAGGAUGCCUGGCAGAAAGUUUGGGUCGAGCCGCCGGAAGCAAGCAAGAGGGACCUGGGGAAGCACACGGGUAUCUUCGAUCUCAGAGGAAGAGCCAUGCCUUUCUGAACUCAUGGAAAAGGUUCGGAACCUCUCCCAGGGACAUGGAAAAAAGGAAGGUUUCAUCACACGAGCUGAUAUGCAGGUAAAUUGGUGGUGCAUGUACGUCAUGUGCUUUUGAGGGGCAGAUGCUUCAGUUUUCUUGCUGGAAGUUUCAGACAUGCUGCCUCUUGACAGUGGAGGAAGAAUACCUUAAUGAUGGAUGAGAAAAGGCCUGGCAAAAACCCUGAUCUCAACUUUGCCUUAUCAUGGAUCAUUCUGUGUGACCAUAAAACAAAUAAUUAUCAUCUUAACAUUAUUUAGGUGUCUAUGACCCUGCAUGUAGAAUGAAACUCUACAACUCUUUUCUACUCGAUGUUAUGAUGUUGGGUCUGCUAAUCAGACCUUUUUAUUGUCCCAGGCACUGCUAUUCCAAUAAGAGCCUGUAGACAGGAGAUCCAAUAUACUUUUGUUUAUUCAAUUGAAUAAAGCGCACAAACAUCUCCAAAGAAAGGGAAGGAAAAUGCCGGCCACGAGGACUCUUGCGCCAGGCUUUUAAAACAUUGAUUUUUCCCUCUCUCCCCCUUUCUCCCUCCUCCUUUCUUCCAUCUGCUUUCUGAUUGGUUAAGACUUACAGCUUCUAGAUUUUCCAGAAUGCCCAUUUCACGUCUUAUUCCUUGGCAUCUGAAGGAGGGGAGCACACACAUCACAUGUGCAUUUAGAUUAGCCUUAGCCCCGCCCUGGGUUUGUCUUCUAAUAUUCAUGAGAUCCUACUAGGCUCCAGAACAUGUGCAGAGUCCCCAAAGUAGCACCUGCUAUUUCUUUUUGUUAUCUUGGAUUGUCAAUCUUUCACUCUUAGGCGCCUCUUGGCUAUCUACAGGCCUUGAGCAAUAAAAUGCCUCCUUAACACAUUCCAAGCAAGAGCUGAUAAGAGGUAAUUAACGAGUCCCUAACAAAUAGACAAAGGAAGAGAUUCAACUUAAAAAGACCAGGUUAAUGGACUGCAAACUUUAUUGAUUGAUUGAUUGAUUGAUUGAUUGAUUCAUUCAUUCUUUAGCAUAACACUUGAUAGGUUCUCCAGCAGGGAAAUAGACACAGCAAGCACAGUUUUAUACAGCUGGUUAUUUUAUAUAAAAACAGGACCACCAAUCAUUUCUGACCCCGCAGUGACGCUGAGGACACCUUUUUGGCAGACCAAACUGUUUACUAGCUGUCUGAGAACAAAGGAAUUGAUAUCAGGACCUUAACUUCACAUUUGUAUUGUUUUCAGAAAUUGGAGGCAGACUUUCCUUGGAGCACCAAAGAGCUGGAGCUUGUGUUUGAUGGCCUGGAUGCUGACAGCAAGGGCUACUUAACCACAGAAGAGUUCACUGAGGGGCUUAGUAUGCAUUGCUUUAGUGUGUUUACGUUAGACUGAUGGGGUUGAUAAUGUGCAAUGUUUGUCUGCAAUCCUAUGCACACCGUACUUGGCAGGAAGCCCCCAUUUGAAGGGAAGUGCAGAAGUUUGGAACAAUGGUUGCUGUGCCACCCCGACUGAGGAUGGUUGCUUCUCAUGCUUGCAAAGUGUUGCAGCAGCAUCCACAUUAUUAUUAUUGUUUUAUCAGUAGUGGUCACUCUGUUAGCAAAAGUGAUUCAAAGCGAGUUUCAGAAACAAACAUGGAAAAUAAAACAACCUAAAAUGCUCACUGAUAAAAGAGCGAAUCCAACUCAACCCAACCCACUCAAAAGAUAAGCAGAAGAUUAACGUCCAAAAAGCGUGGGUCAGUGACAAUAUCUGGUGUCCAAAAACAGAUAGGGAUGGUGUUAGGUUGUGGGUGAACAUAUCAGACGACACAGCGAUUCUUCAAACAGCUCUUGUUUAUUCACAGGCCAGAACAGAACUGAACUGAAGGGUUCAGCCAGCCUGCUUAUAUAGAGCUCCACUAGAACGCAACAGUAACCAUUUUCUGUAACUAUCCAAUCACUGAACGUCAGUUUUGAUCCCUUAUUUGCAUAUGUGGACCUGAACUAUCUACAGUAUCCCCCUGCUGGCCCAGGGUGAGAACGUCAGUACAUAACAGAUGGCAUCAAGCAUGCCUUCCUGGGGAGAGCAUCCACAAACAGGAGCCACCACAGAGAAGGCCGGUUCUUGUGUUGCCAACCUCUGCACCUCCCUUGUGGGAGGCGUAAAAACUACCAGCCUGUAUCUGCUGCCUCCGUCGCCUAUUUAAUCCAGAUUUACCCUUUCCGGGUAAAACAAUCCAACCAGGAAAAGGAAAACGCCCACUGUUGCCUGACAAUGACCUGUCCACAAUAUUAAGCCCCUGUCUGGAAGCCUCUUGAUUCUGACGGUCUGUCUAAAUCAACACGAGGAUCAGCAGAGUGCUUGUGGCAGUUGCUCAGGUUCAGCAAGUCUCGUCGUAGGUAUUUAUUUGGUCCUAGGGGCCAAAUACUGCUUUGAAACUGUUCUGUAUUGCACCAUGUCUGUCCAGAGGUGUGAUUUUCAUUGUCUAUGUGGCAGGGUAUUUUCUGAGCUCACAGACGGUGACAAGAGCGCACCGGAAGAGAAAGAUGCUUUCCCUAAAGGCUCCUACCCACCUGUCUCUGGAGGAAGCUGAUACAGAGGAGCAAAUGUGCUUUAAGGCCUUCCUAAACCAACUGGGAGCUGAUAACAUCUUUGAAGAGUAAGUGCAUGCAAACCUUAUGCUAGUUUUAUACUGAAUCUCACAACACAGGAUCCAGGCAGAGGAGGAAUAGGGAAUAGGUGAAAAAGUUUUGGUGUUGAAUUCUGCACUUAAGCUUGAGUUACUAUAUGGGUUGUGGAAGUGGAAAGUCUGUAGGAAGAUGCUCUGGAUCUUGAAGAUCAUGUUUCAACACCCUGAGUUAAGAAAGUAGCUCUUGGGGCUUGAAAGCUGGGAUUAGUCCUACCAUUGGGUAAAGGGAGGCAACUACCUCAAGUGCUGUGAUAAAAGUGCUGUGGGUACAAGUACAAAAUGGCUGCCAUGGGCAGCUAAAAAAAGAGGUGAUGGUACUUGAUACCAGUAGGUACACUCACAAAAAGGCAACAGUAAUAGUUAAUAUGGCCUAGACACUUUCCUAUUUUAUCUACUAACUAGUUAUUUUCAAAGUGACACGCAUGGCGAUAAGAGGUAUUUCAGCUUUCGCAAUAGCUACUUUACAGCCCCGUUGCCUUAUUGAUCCACAUGCUUGUUCUUAGGAAGAAACAAAACUGCUCUCAGAUCCUAAGAACAGUUGAGACAGGCUGUCCCGAUUGAGAGGUCCCCUGAGGAUUCAGGUGGGUCAAUAGAAUAUUCGCCGGAAAAUGAGACAAUCUUCUCUCUUGCAGCGAGUCAGAAAUCUGGAAGAUUUGGGUGCAGCUCCGACAGGAUGAACCACAUCUGCUGGGAAACCUGAAAGAAUUCUUGGCUAAAAUGACACACUUGAUCAAAGAAUCAAGGGGCGCAAAACAGACACUGCAGUUAAUGCUGAAAACGUAGGUCACUGGUUGUACAAGUGAAGCGUGGAAACUGCUUUUGUAAAUGCAGCUUUCCGGAAUAGGUAGAAAGACUCCAGGAAAAUGAAAUUUGGAACCCAAAGGGUAGAAAAGGUUGGAGUGUUUGCAUUUGUAGAGAGAAUAGGGGGGCAUACAUAGCUCAACAGAAGAGGCUGUGGCUUUCCUUCAGAAAAGUGUUCCCCAACCUGGUACUCUUCAGGUGUUUUGCAGUGUAGCUCCCAUCAGCCAGCAAAGCCUCGCUGGAUGGGUCUGAUGGAUGUUAUAGUGCAGGGGUAGGCAAACUAAGGUCCGUGGGCCGGAUGUGGCCCAAUUGUCUUCUCAGUCCGGCCCACGGACGGUCCGGGAAUCAGUAUGUAUUUACAUGAGGAGAAUGUGCCCUUUUAUUUAAAAUGCAUCUCUGGGUUAUUUGUGGGGCCUGCCUGGUGUUUUUACAUGAGUAGAAUGUGUGCUUUUAUUUAAAAUGCAUCUCUGGGUUAUUUGUGGGGCAUAGGAAUUCGUUCAUAUUUCCCCCCCCCAAAAUAUAGUCCAUCCCACCACAUGGUCUGAGGGAUGAUGGACCAGCCCACUGCUGAAAAAGGUUGCUGACCCCUGUUAUAGUGAACCAUACUGUAUCUGAAGGGUACUAGGUUGGGAAAGGCUGUUGUGGAAAGGCACAGGCAGACCUAGAGGACAGUUAAGUUGGUCCCAGCCAAAGGCACAGGCUGGGGGGCGGCACAAAAAUUGCGCCUUGGUGCCUCAGUGGGGAAUCUGGCCACUUCGCAGCAGCCCUCCCCAGUCAGCCAUCAGUGUUGACAGUUAGUUUGUGCAGUGGGGCUCCCCAUGAGGGCAGCUCUACUUGGCCCUGUGGCUGCUGUUCCCUGCCCUCUGCUCACCUGGCUAGCCCUGAGAGCGGCCUUUCAGCAGAUGUGGUGACUGAGAAACGUCAGGCGAGGCUUUUAAUUUACCACUGCUGAUUCGCUUUUCCCUGGUUUCUUUCCCACCUUGACCAGCGCAUGCACCCCUGCAUGUUUACCCCAGAGAGCAAGGGCCAUUGACUUAAGUGUGGCUUACUUCUGAGUAGAGUGUGCACUGGGUGCAACCUUUCUUCUGGCGCCUUGUCAGAAGUAACAACAAAGCAAGCAAGGUAUUGCUAGAAGGUCCUGCCCUCUGGCUUGCCAGAUUUAGGCUGCUAUCAUGUGUACCCACUUUCCUGGGAGUAAGCCGCAUUAAACUUGGCAGGAUUUACUUUUGAGUGUACAUUUAGAGGAUUGCGCUGUUGAACACCCAGUUUAAGAAUCAUUUGUAAUUAUUGAAUUAUGUCAAUCUUUUUCUGGAGCUGGGCGGGAGGUGCCGAUACAUCUCCUUGCCAAGGGAGCCCAGGUAUGGCUCUGGUCACAGGUUCAGUUCCUGUCAUCUCCUUUUAAAGAAUCAUAAUCACAGCAUAAUUUUCCAGUCCUGGCCUGACAUGGAGCCAUGUUGAGAUCAGCAAAUGAAGGGGCACAUGGGUAGGCACUGUGGUUCUGUCCAGAUAUUGCGGGCUUUGACUCCCAUCCUCCAAGAACGUUGGCCAGUCUGGCUGGUGCUGAUGUGAGCUGUAGCCCAUAACGUUUGGAGGGUAACCAUGUUAGCCACCUUUAAACAGCUCUGCUUUAAAGCCUUCUUGUUUGCUCCUCUGCCCUAGACGAGUGGCUGAUCACAACAAGGAGGUGCAGCAGUUAUAUGAGGAGUUGGAACAGCAAAUAGACAAGGAGACAAGGAGGCUGCAGCUUGAGGUUGGUGCAUAACUGGAUCAUGUGUAAUUCCUCAGAUUUAUGAGAAGGGGUGUGCUGAGUUUUCCUUUUAAGUUCCUGCCCUCUCCCAAAAGCUCAGGGUGGAUCACACCAUUUAAAUCACCAUUUAAAUCCUCGUUAACAACACAUGAUGGUGUUGUUCUAGCGCUGCACAAUGACCCCAGGGGCAGAUGCCUCAUCAUAAGACAGUCAGCAGGAGAGAGAGCUGCGAAAAAGGACUCUGAUCCAAAACAUGGAGAAGGAAUAAAGCUGCAAUCCUAUGUGGAAGUAAGCCCCCUCAAACUGAAUGGGGCUUGUUUCUGAGUAGACGUGUAAAGGACUGUACUGUAAUCGUCUUUCUUUCUAGAAAGCAUGUUCUCAGAACUCUUGUGCAGGCAGAGAACAAUCCCAAUAUAGCCAGCACCACCUGCAAUUAGGGGUGGAAGGACCUGUCAAUUCCAGUUCUCACACUUUCUCAUUAUUAUUUUUUUGAGCCUUAUAUUCAGUUUGCCACAUUUUGUAACAACCUGUGCUUAAAAAAAAGAACCCUCAUGAAAAUUCACCGGCAGUUUAGGACAAAGUUCAUAGAUGCCUGCCUGAUUUCUUAUGGGAGUGGGCACCACUGAGUUGCGCCCACUGCACUGAAGACAUGGCUCCUUGUUGACGUGAAUUGUUCUUUGGAUACAUGGGGAACUAAGAUGAUACUCUUAGGCAGUGCUCCCCCCCCCCCGAAAAAUAGGUGCUGGGACUCACCUUGAAGUUGUUACAGUAAGUGCCACUCUUUUAAGCAACAACAACAAAAAAAAAGAGGUGCCCGUACUGUGUACUCUGUGUAGCCCUUGGAAAAAAGCAGUGCUCUCAGGUCUUUGGCAAACAUCUCCCUCCCCAAAUAUAUCUAAUAUUUGCUUGUAGCUGGCUUUCUUAAGGUGACUAUUCUCCGUUAUGAAAAUUUCACUUGUAGGAUUUUUUUUUAAAAAGGAUAUUAUAACACUUAUAAUGCCAGGGGCCUUCAGAGUUCCUGAUUUCUUAUAAAAGGGCAAAAAAUAUUAACAUUUGACUAUACACAGUGAGGUUUGGCUUGAUGUCAUUGCACAAUGGGAAAUUCAAAAAACCAACCAGCCAUAUAACACUUCACACAAGGCACUAAAAUGUCACGCUAUUUGUUCCAUCUGUGACUGCAGAAAUUGCAUGUAUAUUGUAGUCAGAGUAGGUUUUGUUCCCCUCUCCCCUGCAUUAUUCUAUAAUAUAAUAUAUAGAAUCUAGAUACUAACAGCAAACUCAUUAUCCAAAUAUGGAUCUUUAUGUAGAAAAACCACUAGCAUCCACUCCGAAGACGGAGAUAUCAGAAGACUUAGGAGAAUCCCAAAGUUUGGAUAAGUACAAAAAAUAUGUAGAAUAAAAUUCAGGGCAGGGGGAACCCCAAAACAGCUCAGUGGGGAUUGGACAUGCCUAGUGGGCACAGAAUGCUGACCAGGGGUAUGGUGUGAAAACGGAAUGGAGUAUCCUGAAAAAGGAUACGGUUGUCUGGAAGCAUGAACAAGAGCAAACCAUGCUGCAACUUUUUGUUGCAUGCUCUAUUUGUGCUUUGACUCAAAUGCAAACAGGCUGUGAACGUUCCCUGGAAAGCUAUAGCUUCAUCACCUUUGUUUAUUGCAGAGUAAAACCCAAAGCCAAUUCCUCAGUGUGGAGAUGAAAGAACUGUUGGAUGCCAGGGAAAGGGAAAUACAGCAUUUCCUAGAUGUUCAAAAAGAGGUAAGGUUAUCCAUGUGACAUGAGGAAACAGCACCAUCUACUGGAAGCAUCUCCUCUGGCUAAAACAAAACCAUCAUCCACAUGUAGGGUUGCCAUACGUCCUCUUUUCCUAAUAAUAAUAAUAAUAAUAAUAAUACAAAUUAUUUAUAUCCCACCCUCCCCAGCCAAAGCUGGGCUCAGGGCGGCUAACAACAAUAAAAUAGUACAACAUUCUAAAAUCAUUUCAUUAUAAAAUUAAUUCAACUCAAAUUGGUGGCAACCAUUAGGCUAUAGUUCUGUGAAGAUUUCCAAAGGAGGGAGUCAGGCUGUGCUCUGACCAAAGGUCUGUCUUGCAGGCCCUGCAGAAAGAUGUCAAGUCCUGCAGGGCCCUAGUCUCUUGUGACAGAGCGUUCCACCAGAUUGGAGCCACAGCCGAGAAAGCCCUGGCUCUAGUUGAGGCCAAGACACGUCUUCUUUUUCAUGAUGAGAAUCUCCAUAGCUUCAAGUUAAAAGUUGGCCAUGUCAAGCCUCAUGUCUAAGAGGCUUGACCAUUUUACUUGCAGAAGGGUCUAGCCAGUGCAGAAGAUAGAAAUGUAAUAAAGUAAAUAAAAUGAAAUGUCAACCUCACAUUUCCUGCAAGGUUCUUCCCCCAUUUUUAUCCUCACAAGAAGAACCCCAUGAAUGCAAGUUAGACUGAGAGCCUGUGACUCUAUGAGCUUUGAUGGGAUGAGGGUUUGAAUCCUGUUCUUCUAGGUACUAGUCUAGCACUGUAACCACCACACUGCUAGUUUUCUUUUACUGCAUUGAACACUUUCUAUAUUCCUUUAUUAGCUUGAGACACAGUUUCUCAGCCUUAGAGAAAAGCAGCACGUGGCCAGUACCCAAACCCAGGAGCUCAAACAAACCAACAUGGCCCUUGAGGUCCAGCUACAAAAAACCCUCAAUCAGCUUCAAAAGACCCAAAGGCAACUGGAUUUCAUGAGGGGUAGAGUAUCUCAGUUACACAAAGAAGAGAGGUGAGUCCUAACCACCACAGUGUCACCUUUUUUGGGGGUGGGGAGGAUACACUGUAGAGAACCCCUUUUGUAGCCUAACUUGUGGUAGCUAUUUCAUUAGAAGGCUUUCCAAGGUUCAACGAACUAGCUUUGAUCUGGUGGAAAAGAGAGUGGCUUCCCCAGAUACUCUUGCACUGGGAACUAAGUGUUGCGUCAUCAAAACACCUACGGCCCCAGACAUCUGUUCGUUCAUUCCAUUAGUCAGAUUUGAUGAUGAGGUAAAAGCAGAAUAGCUCAGCAGACUGGACUACAGUGGUACCUUGGGUUGGGUUAAGUACUUAAUUCGUUCCAGAGGUCCGUUCUUAACCUGAAACUGUUCUUAACCUGAAGCACCACUUUAGCUAAUGGGGCCUCCUGCUGCCGCCGCACCGCCAGAGCACGAUUUCUGUUCUCAUCCUGAAGCAAAGUUCUUAACCCGAGGUACUAUUUCUGGGUUAGUGGAGUCUGUAACCUGAAGCGUAUGUAACCUGAGGUACCACUGUAUUUGCUGCCCCUUGGAAAGGUUGGUGGUGGUUAGGCUAUUUUGGCCAUUGCUUCUGGCAGGGAUACCUCUUCCUGAGGUACACCUCUCAAAAGAUGUCACUUUUCCAAAAAAGCUACAACAUAAAUUGAGUGGAGCAGCUCUGCUGUCCCUCACAGCCCCCUUGAGAUAACAUGCACUUCCUGCUUGCACUGUCCCACUUCCUGUUGGCAUCAUUCUAUUUCCUGUUGGCAUCCUGCCUUCCUCAAUAUAUGCCAUUACAUGGAUUGCGGCACUAUCGCUGCUACUAGGCUUGUGCCCCUGCAGAAGCAACACAUUUCGGUAUACAGUGGUACCUCGGGUUACAUAUGCUUCAGGUUACAUAUGCUUCAGGUUACAGACUCCACUAACCCAGAAAUAAUACCUCAGGUUAAGAACUUUGCUUCAGGAUGAGAACAGAAAUCGCGCAGCGGCUGCGCAGCGGCAGCAGGAGGCCCCAUUAGCUAAAGUGGUGCUUCAGGUUAAGAACAGUUUCAGGUUAAGAACAGACCUCCAGAACGAAUUAAGUUCUUAACCCGAGGUACCACUGUACAGGGAUAGUGACAAUGUAUCCCUUCUUUCCUUGGCAGUGGCAGAUCGCCAGAGGAAGUCUCUGUCAAGACUACUCAAAGUCAACAGGUAUUUCUUAAUUGUUCACCUUGCAUCCUUUGUCACUCAGAACUGCCCCCCCAUGGGGUGCCACCAUACUUAGCAGCCUAAGUGUUGCCCUGGAAAGGUGGCCUAGCUAUGAGUACUGUAUAUUAAUGCAUGUGCCAUAGUGCUUUCAACCAGCAGAUAGGAUUAUGGGAGACUCUAAACUCUCAUGGGCCCUGGGGAUAGUAUCUAGCACCCUACAUGUAUAGUAGCACCAUUAGAGAAAUCCGGUUACAUUAAAUCAGGCUUUCCCAAGCAUCUGUUAACCAAUGCGCAUUUUUUCUUCUGAACCAAAAUUGGAGGCACACUUCACUCAAACUAUCCAAAAUGAUUAAUGCAACGCAAUCCUUGUGCAUAUUUACUUGGGAAGUAAGGCCCCUUAAGUUCAAGUGUGUGUGUAGAGGAUUGCAGCCUUAGAUUGCGCUCCUAUGCACACUUACCUGGGAGUAAGUCCCACUGAAGUCAAUGGGGCUUCUAUUGGAGUCUUUUAUAUCAUAAUUGAUUUUAUAAAACUUAUAUACCACUUGAUUGUAGAAAACCCCCUCAAAGCGGUGUGUAGACAUGCAUAGGGAUUUCCAGAGGGAAAAGAGACCAAUUUUCAUCAGAGACUAUCUCCCAUAUUUCUGCAUGAGUCAGUGUUCCGGACAUGCCUUCUGUGCACUGCAGAUAGAGGCAAAAUCAGAGCAGUGACUUGUGAUGAGAUUCAACAGGCAGCCUCUCCUAAGUGUGAGCGAUUCAGUUGCAUGUCUGUAUCAGGACUGAUCCAGUCUCUCCCCCCCCCCCAGAUGUGUGAUUAGAAAUAGGCAAGGCCAGUGCAGUAGAUCAUGCAGAGAUUCAACAGGCAUCCUCCCCCAUAAGUGGAUACUGAAAUUGGUAGUAAGUGAUCCUUAUUUCUUUUUCUGCCUUUAUCCCAUUGUGAUUCUUCUAAGGGUCAUCUGAGUGCAAAUGAGAUGAGCUCCUCUGAAUUGGUAGGAAGAUUUGGAUACAAUCCAAGUGAGGAUACACUGGACAGCUCUGCUCAGAAGUAAGUACCAAAUACUCCUUUAAUACAUUUAAGUGAGGAAUGCUAGUGGCAGCAGUCUUCGUUGAAGCUGGGUCCAUGCUCGGGCACUGAAGCAGUUACGUUAUUUCUGUCUGCAGCCCUGAUAUUCUCAUGACCUUUCACAUACGCCGCACCCAGAAAGCCAAAUGCAUGUUUGAAAAGUAUCCUGGGGCCAAACAGAUUAUAUUAGAUCAGAUUUAAUAUUUGUAUGCAGCUUUGCCAAUGACAAAGCUGAUCUCAAAGUGGUUCAAGAACAAUAAACAGAGCUUCCCCCACUGACAUUCCAUCAAUAGACAAUUAAUAAUAAUAAUAAUAAUAAUAAUAAUAAUAAAUAAUAAUGUCCCAGCAACAUUACCAAGACAUUGCCAUUAAAGGGUUGCCAGCCCCAAGGUGAACCUAGUACAUUCAUUUGUUUUGUCUGCCUAGCUCUUGAAGAAUGCCUCAGAAUUAACUCUGGAAGACUUUUUAGCUCUCCCCCAUAAAAUCAAAAUACUGCUUAUCAGUGGAUUGUAAGGAAGAGCUGUGGAAACAGACAGAGUUUAGAGUACGGUUGAUCUUGAAGAUUCUCAUAUUCUUUAGCAGUUUAAUAAAUGCCCUGUUACCUCAUUUUUGUGGAAUGACUCUUAGUUUACCAACACGUUUCUCUUUGGCCUUUUGAUAUACAUUACUGCUUUCAUCCCUCACUGUGUUUAUAAGAAGAAACAUGCAUGUUAGAAACAGAUAUACUCAGUCUUUGCGAAAGCAACAAACAUAAGAGCCCAGAAGUCUUGCUGGUGGUUGAGUUAGCAUUUCAUAGGCCCAUGAGAUCUUGAUGUUCUCCAGCAGGAAUUGUGCGCUUCUAAGGCCUUGUUUCUUACUUUCCUUAUCUUGUACUGAAUGAGUGCUGCUCUAUCCAUCAUUUCCCCAUAGGGCACCUGGUGGUGUGGCAUCAAUGGCCAAAGCCGGCUCAGAAUCUAGAACUACUAGAGUGAUCUCCAUUGAAGAGGAUCCUUGGGUAGACUCCGUUGUAGAACCAGAAAAAUAUUUCCCACAGGAAGUCGUGGACCAAAGCUCUUUGCUUAGAGAGCUGAAUGAUGCCAUAGCAGCAGUAAACAAGGUGUCUGAAUCAUCAAACAAUCCACAAAUAGAUAACUUUGGUUUUCAAUUCUUGGGCCAAAUUAAAGAGAAUGGAAAUUCUCAGCAAAGAAAAAUGCAGGAAAAAAUAACUCCAUAUGAUGCUAGCUCCAGAAACCGCGAUCUGCAGAAGAGAAGUGCUGAGGCUCUUUCUGGUCGAGCUUCAUGGCAAAGAGAUGCUCUACUUCAAGAAAGACUAACUUGUGCUCCGGAGGUGAAGAAUGCAAACAUCUCUGAGCCAAGAAGGGAAGUCAAAACUCUAGAGUCAAAGCAGAGAGGAUGUAUUCUUGUUCCUGAAGUGCAGUCUUCUGUUUAUAAAGAGUUGACAAGUCCAGCCGGUGACUAUAAAGAAGACUCGAUGCAAGAAAAGACUCUCAUUUUAGAACAGGCAGUCCAACUUCACGGGCAAGUUUUAAAGUGCAGUGGUAUCAGCCGGACUCAAUGGCCACCUGCAGAUUCUGAGCAGAGAGUGGUAAAGCAAUCUCUAGAAAGUAAAACAUCAGAGAAAAAGAUUCAACACCCAUCAGUGGAAGAUAUGCCGCCUGCUCAUUCCUCACCCAGAAUAGCCUUACCCAAGUUGGAUGAAGGAUGUGAGCCAGAGAUCACCGUUUUCCAAAACCACCAGUUAGAGAAUAUGCUCCAACCAGAGAUGCAAACACAAACCACGGAUGGUCUAGAAGUAACAUUAUCAGAAGACAAAAGAGAAGGAUGCAUGGAUUUGCCAGGGUGUAGGAAGAAUCAAGAGGUCAGGGUAGAAAUGGAUGAGGAAACAAAUGUCAAAGCAGAAGCUGCAGACUAUCCAGUGGAUGUGGAUGCAAAAGCAACUUCUAAAGACACCACAGCUGUUUUCUUUUGUCCAGACCACAUGUAUAAUGUGCUGUUUGUUGGAGACUCUAAUGUUGGCAAAACGUCUUUUUUGCACCGACUGCAAGAUGAUUCCUUCGAUGCAAAUAUGACUGCGACUGUAGGUAUGAAUCCAUCUUUCACCAGCAGGUAACAAGAGACACUGGGUCGUACCUCCCAUGGGAGACAACUCCUAUGGGCCAAGGGGGCUUUGCCCCCCAAUAAGAUAUUUGAGGGAGCCAGGACCCCCCAGAUUGAUGGGGAUUGCCAUUCAAAUGGUGUGUGUGCACUGCAUCAUGCGAUCAAUUAUGCAGGACUGGGCUUACCUGCCCCCAAAUAUUUUAUUCAAGUUGGCACCCCGACCCCUAGGCUAGACGUGUUUUUAUUUCUAAGGCUCCUAGCCGCAUGGGGUGUGUUGUCUGUGUUCUAAUCUCAGUGAGCAUUUGUGUGUGGAGAUAAACCUCCUCUUCCUAUGUACUGUGUUUGAACCAAGAAUUGGGCUCCCUGAUGCCCAUCUCUAAUUAAGAAAAAAUAGGAUAGCUAGUUGCUUGCUAUGUAUUGGCCUAUAUAUCCAGUUUGGCCUAUAUUUUUGUAUGAUUAGGCCACUCUUGGACCUGCUUGCCAUAAGGAGUGGCAGUGACCCUGAGCUCUAUAUACAAUAUAACACUCCAAUAUUAGAGAUUGACCUGCAUUUUUCUUAUUGUUGGUAUUAUUUUGCUUGAAGUUUUACUUUUGAAAAGAAUAUCACCAGAGAUAUUCCAUUAUUUUCCACAAUUGAGCAUGGUUUUCUUAAAAGAAAACAUUCACUUGAAGGAAAGAGCAUGGUUUUAGAAUAAGAGGAACCAAGUGGGAGUUGAGUGACCUAUUCUCUUGUAAGUCUGUCGCAGGCAUCUGCAUAACCAAAAGCAAAUUAGAAGACAUAAUUCGUUUUCCUCUCCUAUUUGAGGCUGGGGAACACCACCCAGGUCACUGUUUGUCUGCAUAUGCAAGGUAAUUGGUCCUAGGGCGCAUUCUAAAGGCAUGCAAUGUCAUCACUUUGCUUAAGCUAAGUAGGUAUCGGUCUGGUCAGUGUCUAGAUGGGUGAUUGCCUGGGAACAAUACACCCACCAACUUGGGUUCUGUGAAGACAGGUGAGAUAUAAAUGUAACAGAAUUGAAACAAAUAAAUAGUUCAAAGGAAUUUUUUUAAACUCUCCCUGUGUUAAAACAACUACCACAAAACCCUUGCUAAGCUGGCAAAUACACCGAGUCAUACCAAGAAUCAGCUCCAGCUUUUUCAAGAGCCCUUGGGCAAGGUGUCUUGGUGGGCUCUCUUCCCUGAGUUGGUCUACCUCCUUUGCUGUCCCAUCUCCCUCUGGGCUCACAUUUGCACAACAACCCAGAGAGAGAGUGCAAAGCCAACUGAAGGAUGCUGCUCUGCCUCCUCACUCUUGUCACUUCAUGCAUGCUCAGAGAGGGGAGCGACAGGAAGGACUAGAAGUAGCAGGGCUAGUAGGAGGCUCUGGGGUGACAGUGAUCCCCCUGCCAGGGUCUUGGCCUUGGCAGAUGCCCAGCUACGCCUACUCCUGAUGCCUGACCUUCUCUGUCCCACCCCAGCCCCUGUCAGUAAGUUAAAUUUAUUCACAUGGCCACAAGGGGUCCCAAUCCCAAUGUAAUCUGAGCCAUGUAGAAAUUCAAAGGACUGCAGCAGGAAGAGUAUUUUUUAUCUAUAGGGCAUUUCCAGCUCGUUUCCUCCUAGCGUGGCCUUUUGGUUUGAAUGUUCUCCUUUUUUUAUUUGUAUGAAGGUUAGUCAACUCUAAAAUUGAAGGAAGUCAAAUCCAUUACUCCGUGUCAGGUUUUACACCUGCAAAAUUCAGAUAAUAAAACUGAACAAGUUUCUCAGUGUUCUGGUACCUUUGCUUUUAUUAAUCUCCCCAAAAUUCAGGGAUGGAAAUGCUAGAGCCCUGCUGCGUUUUAUUCUUAUCAGUGCAGUUCCAGCUUGCGGUUUUCAGCUCUUUGAAGUGGUUGGAGAUGUGAAGUGAACUUGAUUGUAAAUGGCUGCAAUGUAUCCCUUAGGAAUGGACUAUCGGAUCAAAAGCCUCUUUGUGGAUAACAAGUGCUUUGCUUUACGCCUGUGGGACACAGCCGGCCAAGAAAGGUAGUGUAAGGUGCUGCAUCUAGAAAAAGAAAGAAAUAAAUUAUAAAAAGGUUGCAGAAAAAGUACACAUUUCUCCCCAAAACAGAUACCACAGUAUCACCAAGCAGUUCUUCCGGAAGGCUGAUGGAGUUGUAUUGAUGUAUGAUAUCACCUCAGAACAUAGCUUUGCAGAGGUGCGGUACUGGAUGAAUUGUAUCCAGGUAAGGAGAGCAACUCUCUUCCAUUAUUGGUUGGCUUUUGUUUUCCCUGCUUUAGCUCUUGGUGAUUGGGUGAUUGCAUUGUUGAGUUUGGACAAUGCAGUCCUGUGUGUGUUUAAUGAGAGGUAAGUCUCACUGCAUGGGUGGCACUGUGGAUUAAACCACAGAGCCUAGGGCUUGCCACUCAGAAGGUCAGCGGUUCAAAUCCCCGUGACGGGGUGAGCUCCUGUUGCUCAGUCCCUGCUCCUGCCAACCUAGCAGUUCAAAAGCACAAAGUGCAAGUAGAUAAAUAGGUAAUGCUCCGGCAGGAAGGUAAACAGCAUUUCCGUGUGCUGCUCUGGUUCGCCAGAAGCAGCUUAGUCAUGCUGGCUACAUGACCCGGAAGCUGUACGCCGGCUCCCUCGGCCAGUAAAGCGAGAUGAGCGCCGCAACCCCAGAGUCGUCCGCGACUGGACCUAAUCAUCAGGAAUACCUUUACCUUUUAAGUCUCACUGCAUUCAGUUAUGUUUUCUUCCAGUAAAGGUGCUGAGGACUGCAGCCUUAUCCACCUCUCUGUGGUGUUAUUCCCAUGCCAUGAGCUUAGCCAGGGGGGGCAAGGAGGGGCAGCUGCCCUCCCAAAUCAAUAAAAAUCAAUAAAAAUACAUAGCUAUCCGAGGUUCUGCCCCCCCUACAACAAAAGACCUGCCUCCCAAAAAACCCCCAAAAAUCCUGGUUACGCCCAUGUCCCGUGUGGCUACAACUGCGGACCUGAUUAACAACAGUACAUGAUGGUUGCUGAGUCAUCAUGAGAUACAUUUGCUAACUCAUUCUUGUCAUGGAAGUUGCAAACUAGAAAAAUCUGUACUGCUUUUUUUAGUAUAUAUGCUAGAAAGUGCAUGAUUGGUAAUUAAAAUAGCAAAGGGUCCAUGAUUGUUAGAACUAACAGAUGCUGGAAAAGUACAGAUGCUGGAACAUACAUGAGUGCUUUUGCUUGGCUGGAAUGUCUCACUGAACUGCAACAAUGCCUUUUUCUUGCUUGUGUGGAUGAAGGAUGGGGAGUUUUGUGAGUGUAGAAACUUCUGGCUUUUGCAUGGUUGGAAUGUACCCUACUAUACAAAGGUAAGAGUCAGAUCUGUUGCUAUGCCCACUCUUGCCUCUGGCCACACCCACCAUGGCCAUGCAGUCCCCAGAAGGUUACUCAGAAGGAAGUGUGGCUUUUGGGUUGAAAAGGGUUUCCCAUCCCUGGGACAGAAUGUUGAACUAGAACACCUUAAAUCAAAUCCCGGGCAAGAAAAUUCUUCCACCCAUAAAAUGGGGGCCAUUCCUGGUCAGCCUGAGCUUCACAAGACUGUUAUGAAGUUUUAUUUAUUUGAUUUUUUUAGUCACUUUUCUACCACAGAGUGACCCAAACGUUAAAACCAAUUGAACACAUCUAAUAAUUUUUUUAAAACCACAUAUUUUUAAACAGACGCAACAGAUCGGGACUUACUGAUCUCACUAAAAGAGGCCACAAUACCACCCUUAAAAUUAAGAGCCAAGAGGUGGGUAAAGAGAAGAGUCUUUGCCUGGCACCUAAAGAAAAAGAUAGCACAGAAUAGAGCAUUCCACAAGUAGGGGCCACCACUGAAAAGGCCCAAGCUCAUGUUGCUACCCCCCAAACCUCCUGUAUAGGAGGCAAAUGAAAAAGGGCUCAGAUGAUAACUGGGUUUAUGCCAGGAUGUGGGGAGAGGCGAUUCUUAAGACCUAAGCAGCAUUAGGCUUUAUAGGUCAAAACCAGCACUUUGUAUUGACCCUGGAAACAAAUUGGUAGCCCGUGUAUUCCUGCUAGAAUUCAUGCUAUAUGUUUAGACUGUCUGCCCCCAUAAUUCUAUGCCACAGAAUUCUAUACCAUCUGCAGUUUCCAAACCACUGUUUAAUGAAAUAUGGGAAAGAUUUUGCCUAUUCUAAGAGAUAUGGCAACUCAGGUAUAUAAAAUAUGGAUGCAAAAAUGAGUUGGGAGAAGAGGACCUCUCAUAUUUUCAACGUACUUUGGUUUCCUUAAUUGUCAGGAACUAGGAAGGAUUAUUUUGCAGCCUAUCCUAUUUGUAGCCACUGUAGAAAUGCAAUAGACGGUCCUUUAUCGCUGUCAUUUUGGCUUCAGCUCAUAUUUGAAGAAGCAUGUGCGUUUCUUCACAGGAAGGCUCAGAAGAUGGAGUUGUCAUCCUUCUGCUUGGUAACAAAACAGACUGUGCUGCAGAAAGAAGAGUCUCUUCAGAGGACGGUGCAUACUUGGCCAAGGUCUACCCUUAAGCUUUCCUCUUAUCUUUGUAAUUCCUUCUCCCCUGAGUUUGGCAAACCAAAACAAAGUCAGAAUAAAUUAAAAGUAAUAUAAUGUAGUGCUGCUUUUGAGGUUGAUUGAUUUAGGCCAGAGGCAUAGGAAAAAAAUCAAAUGCACAUAUAUGACUCAUGCGUUCACCUAUGGCUUGGAAGUGACCACAAAAUCAUAAUGCUCUCUUCCUCUGAUUGCUUUUUCCCCUUCUCCUAACUAAAUCCAAUUGUGCUUAAUGACAUCAGGAUGUAGGAAGAGCCCUGCGGGAUCAGGCCCCAAGCCCGUUUAGUCCAGCUUCCUCUUUCCAACAUUGGUCAACCAGGCGCCUGUAGGAAACCUACAAGGAUAUUAGCUUAGUAGAACUGUGCAGCUUGUGAUCCUCAGCAACUUAGUUGCAAGGAUCACAUGGAUUCUUGAUUACCAGUUGUAGCAGACAAAAACAACAUUUUGAGGACAAAAACCAACACACAGUUAAGAAACAAAUCAACAUGCAUGGAUUUUUACUGGGUGGGUGGAGUUGCCAUUAAGAUGGUGGUCAGGAGUCUUGGGACCUCAUCAAGAGAUUCUGAUGCUCUGGUAUAGGUGAACACGUGGGGUUUGCAGGGCUCAUUCAUAGGCAAUGGUAUGGAGGGACAGAGACAGGCUGCCUUUUACAUCUUUUUUACGGACACAGGUGGCUCUGUGGUCUAAACCACUGAGCCUCUUGGGCUUGCUGAUCAGAAGGUCGGUGGUUCGAAUCUGCUCAAUGGGGUGAGCUCCCCUUGCUUUGUCCCGGCUUCUGUCAACCUAGCAGUUCAAAAGCAUACCAGUGCAAGUAGAUAAAUAGGUACCGCUGCGGCGGGAAGGUAAAUGGCAUUUCCGUGUGCUCUGGUACUCAUCAGGAUGUCCCGUUGCACCAGAAGUGGUUUAGUCAUGACCCAGAAAGCUGUCUGACAAAUGCCGGUUUCCUCAGCCUAAAAGCGAGUUGAGUGCCACACCCCAUAGUUGCCUUGGACUUAACUGACCACAGGUCCUUUACCUUUACCUUAUAUCUUUUAAACCAUGCACCUUUGUCUGAGUCUUGACUCUUUUAUGAAGAGGUAGGAUAACUUUGAUGGAGAAGUACAUUGGACUAGUAUUUUGCACUCCAUGGGCAUGGAUCCUUCCCACUCCCCCUGACAGCUCACUCAACAUAAGCCUUUGCCCAAAUGUCAUGAAUAAUUUGCUCUGUCUGUAGAUAUGCAGUAGCAAAAUUUGCCAAGAUAAUUUGGUCAAAGAUGAGAUGUCAGGGGUAGGGUGGAUCUUUACAGCAGGAAUAGUCACGUUUGAUCAUGUUCAUGGUAAAAAUGUGUAGCUACGAGGUCAGGUGGUGGAGCUGAAAGUUGUUGUGUUUCCCCAAUUAGGCAUAAUGUUUUUCAACUACCACUGCUUUAAAGGAUGUGCAUUUGUUUGUUUUGUUCUCAUAUAUUUUUUUUGCCAGGAGUAUGGACUCUCAUUUAAUGAAUGCAGUGCUGCCUUAGGUCAGAAUGUGACUGAAUCCAUGGUCAAAUUGGUAAGGUGGGUAACUGGUGGCUCUUCAGCAAAUAGCAUGGACUUGGUGUGGCAUGGGAGCUGCAGCAGAUGGUGUGGUGGGGCUGUGUCAUUCACCAGAUCUCUGUACAGCUGUGUUGAUUCAGCAUACUGGGACUCAGAGGAGGAGGGGUGCACAGUGAGGAUGGCAUGGUGCAAACCUGCUGGCAGGAGUGCCAGAUUGGCUCCAUUAGUGUGUUUGCACCAUGCCAAACAUGCUGCCAUCAUGCCUCUUCCUCCUUCCAUCCUGGUACAGUCCAGAGACUCAGCCAAAUGGAGGUACACUGCUGGACGGGAGUUGUUUUGUUUGCCAUGAACAGCAGCACAGACAAUAACCAAUGCAGUCACACAGUCAUUAUAACAGCAAUAGAUGAGAACAUCUUGAGGGGGGGAAUGUGAUUUCCCAGGUACCAAAUAUAGAACAUCAAACAUUCUACAAAGGGAUGAUGCAGUAAAUUAUUAUGCAUAAGUUUUUCUUCUGGAUAGGAAUUUUGUAACACAAGAAAUAGCCCAUCCAUAUUUCAGUAAACUGUUUUUAAGGACUGCCUGAAUGUGAUUGAAAUUGUACCUAUGUUCACACAGAACACUAAACCUGGGUUUAGAGGUACAUGGGUGACUCAGCUUCCACAAGCCCAAACAUUGGCUUUACAGUGAAGCAUUAGGAAUGUAGGCUGUUAAACCUUUUGCACACCCCAUUUAGUCCACUUGCAAAGUGCUCUUCUCAUUCUACCCCUCUUCCGGUGAACAGACCACACACUGUUAAAUAAAUAAAUGCUUUAUGAACAAAACAUUCCAAAGGUCAGAUUCAUGCAUUUAUGCAAGCAGCAGUAGGAGAACAAAGGCAGAAUACUCUUGGGUAGAAAAUACAAAUACGGUGUUCCAAAUAUGAGCUGUAAGCCUGGAGCUUGCUUAGAUACAUCUUCCUUAGCCAGUGACGUGGUGCAGAGAGAGAGGGAACAGGAAGAGAAGACUUCACUUCCUUCUUCAUUGGAGAAGAGGGGGUGUAACCUAGCUGAGUCUAGGAAACUAAAUCUGUGGUCUUUACCCCUUCUUGCACCAACUAGCAGUCAUGCAGUUAUGUUUGACUGCAAUUUCCCACAAAACCAUGCUUUAGCAUUGUGUGAACACAGUGUGAGAGCUUCUGAAAAUCCUCUAGACUUGAGCAAAAUACUUAACAUGUUUCCCUCUAUGUUUAUCAUGUCAGGUUGCUGAAAACUCAUGAAGAUAAGUUCAAGCAGGAGAUUUUGGAGCUUCCAGUGCCAUCUGGAAAGAAAAGAGGAUGCUGCUCAUAACCAAAAGGCAAAAGAUGAGAUGUUUAAAGCUAAUGGCUUUCAACAGAUCCUUGUGGCUGUUAUGUGGUUAGACAUGUUUUGUUCCCCCUUGAGUCUGGUGCUCAGUCCACCUUAUAUAGCAUGGGAACCUUGCCAAUUCACAUUGGCCAGAUUUUACAUUGGUGUCCCAAAGCAGCUUUCAAACCUUAUAUUCCUCCAGAUCUGUUCUUUGCUCUGUAAACUUUCUUGACAACAGGCCAGAGAAGAAUCUCUAGUUCAUUCCAAUAAUUUCCCCCUCCCAAUACCAAGCUAGUUGCUAUAAGCAAUUAUCUCCUGAAAGAUGUGCUUUAUUAUGCCAAUAAUCAACAAACAUAUUCUGAUUCUGAACAAAUUAAUUGUUUGCUCCUUCUCUUUUCAUUCUUAUAUAACUCUGUAAGCUUUGCAUAUUAAUACACUUUCAAUUCCUAUGCUGUUAUGGUUGGUAAAUUCUUUCUCAAUGUUUUGUGUAGCAUGAUUUUGCUGUUAACAGUGGGGUGGUACUUGGAGUAAAGUAUUAGAAGCUGAUCUGAGGGUACAGGCACUCACUAAAGCACAUGGUCCUCAACAGUUUUACAAAUGUUUUAAAAUAAUAAGAAUAAUCAGUACAGAUUCACUUUUAGAAAAAAUCUAAGUAUGUGGUAUUCAAGUUAAACAAGAACAGUUGCAAAGCUAUAAUGUUUUCAGCUGGAAAACUGUAAUGCAGAGCUUUCCAAACUGUGUGUAGCAACACGUUAAUGUGUUGGCUGCAGUGUGUAGGUGUGUUGCGCGAACACUCUUAUAAGGGGUUAGUUUAACCUCUGGUUUGCUAGCAAAACUGAAUUACUGUGUCGCAAAAUGAUGCAUGUCUAAAAAGUGUGUCACCAACAUUAAAAGUUUGGAAAGCUCUACUGUAAUGUUAUACGUUUCCAAGCACAAUUCAAAGUGUUGGUGUUGAACUUUAAAGCCCUCAACGGCCUGGGCCCAGUAUACCUGAAGGAGUGUCUACAUCCCUAUCGUUCUCCCCGGAUGCUGAGGUCCAGCGCCGAGGGCCUUCUGGUGGUUCCCUCACUGCGAGAAGCAAAGCUACAGGGAACCAGGCAGAGGGCCUUCUCGGUAGUGGCGCCCACCCUGUGGAAUGCCCUCCCAUCAGAUGUCAAAGAGAUAAACAACUAUCUGACACUUAGAAGACAUGUGAAGGCAGCCCUGUUCAGGGAAGUUUUUAAUGUGUGACAUUUUAAUGUAUUUUUAAUCUUUGAUGGAAGCCGCACAGAGUGGCUGGGGAAACCUAGCCAGAUGGGCAGGGUACAAAUAAUAAAUUGUUGUUGUCAGAUCCCCUGCUCCUUUCUACCACCCUUUGUUUUUCCAGCAUCCAUGUAUAGCUGGGGUGCUACACAUAGACAAAAGUUUUUUUGUAAAUGCUAUUUCAGUCAUGCACAGAAGGUGGCGCUUUUCUUGCUUCUAGCUACCCUUUUCCAAAGGGAUAUAGCAGAAGGUGACUGUCUUACAAUUGCUUGAUUUUCUCCGUAAGAUGGCAGCAAACACAAUUUAAAAUUCACCAUUGAUUGUAUUAACAAGGUUGGGUCAAUCUGAAUUUCUUCCAAUUUGAAUUUCUUGAAAUCUGUAAACAACUUAAAAAUCAACAACGGUGAAAUUAGUUUUCUAAUGAAAACAGCUGUUUAUAAGCAAAUUCCACAAGUAUGAAGAAAAUCCACAUGCUAAUCAUAAAUCAGCCUGUAAACAAGAACAAAACACUGUGUUCAGUGUCUGUUCAGAGAUAAUGACAAUAAUUGGAGCAUAAAUAGUGCCAAGUGUGCUGCAUUUUAAAUAUUGUUUUGCUUAUAAUAACUUGUCUCUCGAUUCUGCUACAGCUUUGGACUUGCGUUUGCAGGCUCAAAGAUUAAAAUAUCAUACCAUCUGACAGGAAACAUCAGCUUAAAAAAUAUUCAGCUUUGUGGCUCUAAAAUAUUUUUUGAUGACAAGGGUGCUAUUUUUGUGGUGAUCAUAGAUUCCCAACUGGGAAGUGAAAAUUCUGCAGAAAUCUGGCCCUCAAAUGAAUACAAAGGGAAAUGAAUAAUAAAGGAAUUAAAAGAAAUGUGAGGGGCAGCCUUGGACCCUCCGUUGGAAAAAUCCCUGGGAUGGAUUUUUUUUUUAAGUCUCCUGGCAUGCACCCGCCAACCCUAAGGCCAGGAUAAAGAUGUUAGGGCAGGGGUAGCAAACAUGGUGCCCUCCAGAUGUUGUUAGACUCGAGCUCCCAUCAGCCUAUUUAACAAUCAAGGAUAAUGUGAGUUAGUCCAACAAUAUCUGGAGGGCACCACAUUGGCAAUCCUUGUUAGAGGCUUGAACAGGCCACUAAACUCUUCAUCCCCUCCCUGCCAACUCAAUCUCUUUUUCUUUUUCCAAACUUUUUCCACUUCAACUAGAGCAAAGGAGUAUGCAGUGUGAAACAUGCUAUCACUUGUGGACUGAAAGAAAACAGAGGAGCUUUAGCAUAUUGUGUUAACUGGCCUAACAAUUCCUGUGUUAUCAACUGUUUGAUGGUUUAACUGGUUAAUUGGGUAAUUAUUAUCACUGUACUUCCCACCCCCCACUGCAUUUCAUUUCCCUUUGACCUCACUGUUUAUAAUUCCUCCCACCCCACCCCAUCCCAU